CUUAAACAGAACUUUGCAUUUGAGAAAAUUGUAAAUGUAAUGGUUCAUAUUAUCCUAUGUUUACAAAGACAAACACAUUCAGAAGGUAAAUAGUUGAACUGGAUUUUAUUUAAGGAGUAUAGAUAGCUAUAUAUGCAUGCCACACUUUUCAGUUUAUUUCAUUAAGAUUUAAGAACAUCCAUCUUCUUGCUUGAUCCACUAAUAUGCAUUCUCUGUUGGACAAUCACACAAAAUCCUGGAAAAAAAGAUCUGUAAGUGGUUGUAAGGCAACAAAAUGAGAAAAUUUUAAAGAGCUGGAAAUGCUUUCACAAGGUAUUGUGCCUCAGGAGAAAGGCUUCAGUAAGAUAAAAACUUCAAACGCUCUUCCAGUCCUGUACAGAUCAAUUUUAUUUGAAGCAAAGCAUAUAUGUUGAAGUUAUUUCUUGAUUAAAAAGCUGAAUUAAAAAUCUGUUCAACAGAGAUAACGGGUGCUUAGAAAUCAAAGACCAGAAAAUGCCCAUGUUUGUGAGUUUGUCAAUUUUCGACGGAGUUUAUAAAUGCAAAGUGAAUUAAAAGCACAUAUUGUGGGGAAAAAUUAUUUGGAAUGUUUCUUAUUGGGGUUUUAGAGCAUUUUUUUUUUUAUCAACUUUGCAUUACUAUGUAUUAAUGUAUUAUCCAAUGCCUACAAGUCAAGAAAAGUCUCACAACAGCCUUACUUCUGUUUGGACGUCAUCGCGCCACACGUCACGUGAUAUACGUCGCCAUUUUGGAUAUCCGUUGGAUACCUUGUCAGUUUUUUGACAACCAGCGCGGAAAGAUAAACGAGCAAGUUUAGGAAGAUAUAAUGGCUUGCUGUGUCGCCGUCGGGUGCUCUAAUCGCUCAGACAGAAAAGACUUGUCAUUUUACCGUUUUCCUAAAGACCCGGAGAGGAGGACCCUGUGGGUGGUAGCCGUGAGCCGCCUCAACUGGAGCCCCACCGAUUACUCCAGAAUAUGCAGUAAACAUUUCAUAUCGGGACAAAAAAGCAACAACCCUCUAUCUCCGGAUUAUGUUCCCUCUCUGUUUGCGCAUACCCCAGCCGCUGAAAGAAGAGUCAAGAAAAGAGAAGCAGAGAACUGUGAGGAAAGUAUAAAUAUGACUCACGCCGAACCUUAUCAGACUAAAAUAUUAACUGCUGCAACUGCACUGCUGGAUCUCUCUGUCACUGGGGCAGCAAGAGCUAUGGUGGAUGACCAUGAUCGUGGGGAUGACAUAGACCUGUAUGAGGAAGAGGUUGGUCAAGCAGAUCCGCAGGAAGAAGAGGUUGGUCAAGCAGAUCUGCAAGAAGCAGAAGAAAUGGGGAUGGGAGCUCAGACUAACAUGACUGGUGCAGAUAUUGACGCCUUGUCAUCUACAGUUCAAACACUGCUUUCACAGAAAGAACUGCUGACGGAUCAGCUAAAGAUCAUGGACCUCUCUGAAGAAUCAUUUAAAGACAAUGAUGAAAAAACAAAAGUUUACACAGGUUUACCAACAUUUGUCUCAUUAAUGACUGUCAUUAAUUUGAUCUUGCCUUGUCUACGGAAGCCAAAUUCGGCCUUAUCGCCGUUUCACAAAUGCUUAUUGACAUUAAUGAAGCUAAGACUCAAUGUUAGUAUGCUGUAUCUGUCAUAUGUAUUCAGAGUUCACUACAGCACAGUUGCAAAAACAUUUUCUGAAGUGAUCACCUUUUUAAAUAUUAAAUUAGUUCCGUCUACUGUGUUUUGGCCAGAAAGAGAUCGGGUAAUAAGUACAAUGCCCCAAGUUUUUAAAGCUACGUUUCCAGAUUGUGUUUCAAUAAUGGACUGUUUUGAGAUACUGACUGAAGGACCUUCAUACCUUGAUACCAAGGCUGUAAACAGUUCACAUUACAAAAGUCACAAUACCAUGAAAUAUUUCAUUUCAGUGACACCCCAAGGUUUCAUUAAUUUUAUAUCCAAAGGAUGGGUUGGUCGUACGUCCGAUCGGUUGCUAGCAGAGAAAUGUGGCUACCUGAACAAUCUCGCCCCAGGAGAUACCGUUCUUGCCAACAGAAGGUUUAAUAUCGAAGAUGUUGUUGCGCUACGUGGUGCAACAUUGACAGUUCCUAUGAUCACAAAAGGUAUGAAACACCUGUCUCAUGGGGAAAUCACAGAAGGUAAAAAACUUUUUUCAGUUCGAAUAAAUAUGGACCGAGCUCUGGGCCAUUUAAAGCAAAAAUACCCAAUCUUACAGAGCACCAUUCCAAUCAAGUUUCUACUGACUGAUCAAACGGUGAAGAUGUCAACACUUGAUAAAAUUAUAAGAGUUGCUUGUGGUCUCUGCAAUAUAUGUGACUCUGUGGUACCAUUUCAUUAGAUUAUUCCCAGAAAAUCUUCCUCAGGGAUGAUUGUUCAAGAUGUACGUCAUUUGGGGGAGUCUCCCAAAUGGUUUGUACACAGUGGAUUUUCUCAGCUGGUACGUGCUAAGGGAUAAUGGCUCAAGUAUGCCUUCGUCAUGGUGAUAUAAAGUCCCUUGAAAAAGGUAUUUAUUCUCCGUGGAGUUUUCCACAUUUGAAUCAAGUUAGAACCUGGGUUCUUAUUGGUACUCUGUGGAGCUUGGACUGCGCUCAGGUGAGAGUUGAAAUUAGUUAUACUUUCACUGCUGUGCGUUUUGACGGAUACUCAUACGGCCAAAAGAGAUGGGAUAUCUAGGCAGCCGGUCAGUUUUGAAACUGAACUCCUGUACAAGCUUCACGCUGCUCUAGGAAUCACAGGGUAUGAUCAUAAUUUUCCUCUCUGUCUCACUAUACCGGGUUUAGAUCUGUUCUUGAUUUGAACAGCUUGGUUUGUAAAUAAAUCAUAGCUAUUAUUAUUUACUUAUUUUGAAAACUCUGCCUCUUUUGUGCUGCACUCUGCUGUGAAUGAACAGCGUGGCGGCGUCGGUGUUCCCUUCAGUUUAGCUCCACCUGAUCUGCAGACCCUGCGCCAAAAGCUCAGCGAACGUCUCAUUCGGUCUGAAGGGGCAUCAAACUUCAGCAUACAUAGCCGCUGGUUUCAGCAGCUGGAUCAUCCGCCUUCAUCCAAUGUGGACAGUUUGCUCCUCACAUAAUCGACCUACCAUGUGACUUUUCCAUAUGCAUGCAGGCUAAACUGAAUUGUGAAGCAAUUUGAUAUUCCACCUCCACGUGUCUCUAAACUUUACUGGCAGCAAAAAUGGGUCGUUUUGGAGGUAUUUUGAAGGAUAUAUUGUAUUCUAUUCAGGCGUGUACAUUUUAAUUUGGUCUCAAUCGACAGAAAACAGUUCCAUCUGUAUUACUUGAAAUUAUUUUACAUUCAUUUAUUUUACAGUAAAUAUCGUUAAACAUUGUGGCUUUGGGGCUUGGAUACUGUAUAUAAAUGUCACAUUUGCCCAUUUUUCCAUUCAUGUACAUAAACUGGAUUUUAAAUAUAUUUAUUAGUUUGCUUUGAUUUGAAUGUUUUUUACUGUUGCAUUAACAGGGCAGUGUUCUUAAAACUGUACUACUUCUAUAAAUGUAAGUCACAUUUGUAUUUGAUCUCUAUUUAAUUCCUCCAAUCACUUAAACUCCUUUUUUUACCUUAAAUUGAGAAAUGUGUUAAAUUGAACUAUUACUGUUUGCUGGUUCUAUUUUUAAAUAUUAUUUAGGUUUGGGACCAUCUCCAAACCGGUGUGGUCAAAACAGUAAGGUCUUCCAACCAACUGAACAUUCAAAGAUUUGUUCUUAAGGUCAGUUAUAACAACAUUUUGCGGGCCCCUAAUCUAUUCAUUUGCAACAGAGCUGAGAAGACCCUUGAUCGUUUUGAAUUGAGUGCUGGAAAGCAACAGUUCUUCACUGAACGUUUGUCCUAGUUUUGCGUGGUCCCAGAAAAUAUGUUGUGGAGAGCCCAGAACAUCUGUUUUGUAAUCUGAUGAAUAUUUAGUAUUUGUGAGCUAUCCUAUCUAGCAAUUCCAUUAAAAUGUUCAUCAGAAGCUAAAAAGUGAACACAAUUAUUACUUCCACACCUAAAUAAAAUGCAAUCCAAGACUAUUA